CUGCGGUUGUCAAAAAUAAAGAAAGGCGAAUAAAUAUCCGACCAGAAAAGGUUGAAUUUCUAUUUCUUGUUAUCAUUAAUACAGCCUUUUUAACAAUUAACCAUUUUUUUUCAUCCAAAAUACACCACGAACACGUAGAGUUGGAAGUUUAAAAGCAGUUUGUUUGAAAAGAAUGUCACAAGGAUCAAAGCAGAACGAUAGAAGUUUCCCUUGAAGAACAAAACAAAGAUUGCAACAUGAACUAACCUCCUCUACACUGACUGACUGAUAAGAAUUGAUAAAAGUUCGAUAGAAAAGUUCCUCGUGGUUGUCGCGAUAGAGGUGUUACUUUUGUUAGUAAUCAUACACAUAUCGUUUUCGCAGUUCGCUUUCAAACGCAUUUACUCAGCAUCGCAAGCAAAACGCCAUGUCGAACUACAAGCCAAUCGAUUUGUCGAAGGAAGAUUUUCGCAAGUAUUUGGACCGGCAAGGUGUGCUGGACGCAAUAACAAAAGUUUUGGUCAAAUGCAACACCGAGCGGCCGGAACAUGCGCUUGCAUAUGUGGUGGAAACGCUGAACGAAACGCACGGCAGCCUGAAAACGCAACUGUUGGAAGCAAAUCAAGAGAUCGAACGGUUGAAGAAGGAAAUAAGCGCACUUAAGGUGGAGGACAAAGCGGUGAAAGCACCUUCCGUAAAGCAAGAGCCGGAAAUCGCUACUACAACAACGGUAAGCAACGGCGGUGGUGCCGCUGCUGUUGAGAUCAAAACGGAAGCCGAUGAUAGUGUGGGGGAAGCCGCGUGUGCUGCCGUUACCGUGAAACAAGAACGGGACGCUGGCACUUCGGAUGUGAAACCGAAAGAAACUGCUGCGUUGACCAGCAAUGAGGAAGUUCAGGAGACAUCGGUUGUCGCUGGUUCGCUGGCUGCCUCUCCGAAAGAUGCAACUGACGCAAAGGAACCAAACACUAACGAGAACAAGUAAGCGAAACGGAUCCUAUAGGUUAGCUCGUGUGUAGUGUCUUUCGAAUCGGGUAUUCGAAUACUAGAACGUAGGUCACUGAAAAGUGCAUAAAGGAAAACUGCAAGAAUAUGUGCGUGUGUGUGUUCUUGCCAAAUCCCGUCCAUUCUAAAUGACAAAGAACAGAAGCGAACAAAAAAGAAUUAGAGGCUACAAAACAGAUACAAUUGAAUGCACUAGAUGUGUGGUAUACUUAGCAUGUUAAUUACCGUGUAUUUAAAUGCAUCUUUUCAUUUGCCAUCACGAUCAUGAUCAUCAUUUGCUUCAUCCUUAAGGAUUAGAUUUAUUCGCAUCUACGAUGUUAGUCAAUCGUGUAUUAACCCAAUUAGAAGUACUUGAACGAAGAUCCAGGGUCUGUUCAUUGCGAGACUAAAUAUCAUUCCAGCCAUCAUUACAUGUAAAGAAAAGCUAUAAAACGAAUAAAAUGUAUAACGAUGGUGUAUCGGAAA